CAAUUGAAUAAAUAUGGAAUACUAUUAUAUGUUGUCACAUUAAUUUAGAAAAUAUAAUACUUUCAUGUAGCUUACAAUCAAUCAAUUAUUAUGAUUAAUAAAUUUAUCCUGUUAUUUAUCACCCAUGUUGUGACAGGUCUGUUUGAUACAUUUGGAGUCCUGGAAUUAAAUGAAACUAAAUAUUUUACAGUUAAAUCUUCAUGGGACAUAGAAGUUUAGUUUUUUUCAUUUCAAGGUCCAAUCAAAUUUGCUAGAGUUGAUUAAGAUGGAAAAUUUUUAGAACUAAAGCCUUUGCCUGGAACAUAUUUCUUUACUGACUUGGUGGAUAGGAAUCUUAGAGUACCGGUAAAAUAUGUAUGCUAUGGAUCAGAAGGUGGAGCCACAUUUCCUCAAUAUAGAUUUUCAGUAUAUAUUCUCAAUUAUCAUAGGAAAAACACUUAUUUGGCAUACCACCAAUUCUGAUUACAACUGAGAAAGAUGAGCACUUGACUUCACUUAUGACUUAUAAGAAUUCAUCAGUUAAAUAUAGAAUUGAACAUGAGUACCUAAUUCUUGAAAUCCCUAUGAUUGUAAGAAGAAAUGGAUCAUUUAUUUAAAGGGAAAGCUUCCUCGUUAAUAUAGGUCAUGAAAAAGAUAAGGAGCUACUUAAAUUGGGCUAUUUUAAGAUAGAUAUUUAGGAUAAACUUCAAAAUUAUAUGUAAUCUUAGCAAAAUACCAUGACUUUCCUUAACUAUUACACUACUGUUUAUAUUAAAAUUGAUCCUAAAGACAAUUUCAACUAUUUUGCAGUGAUUUGUGAGAGUACUCAUCUUCCUCUUGGGGGAUCUACCUUUGCCAUGACUUACCCUGCUUCAAAUUAUAAUAAAUUGAUUCCAAUUUUGAUUACUUUCAUCUUAGUAUUGUUGAUUGUAGCGUAUGCAUGGCGGGUGAUUAAAUCAAAACAAAAUUGGAAGUAGAAGGAAGGGCAAGAAUAGUCAUCUUAAUUAUAUUAGUAAUUAAAUUGAUUUUAAAUAUCUAUAUUAAAUAUUAAAUAAAGUGAUCAAAAGAGUAUGAAUCAAAAAAAUUAGAGUAAAGAACCUGAAUUAUCUUAGCAUGUAUCUAAUAUAUACUAUAAUUAGGUUAUUGAUGCUUUGGGAAGAUUUUAAGAUGAUGAUUACAUUAUAAUCAAACCUGCCCUACGCAAUUUACAAAAGCAGAAUUUGAGUACAAUUACAGCCUAGAAAAUUAUGGAGACUCUCUAAUUAGCAAUUAAUUAAUAAUUUGCUGAUAAAGGAAUUAUCGUAAAAUAUUGCAAAAUAUACAAUAGGUAUUGAAAGUGGAAUUCAGAACCCAACUCGCUGAUGAAGAUUAUGCAAGUAAGCUAAUUAGUGAGCCAAAUUUCAACAAUUUCUAAAAAAAUAAGUUUUUGAUGAAUCUAUUAGAAAAUUGCAUUUUUGAUUUAGAAGGCGAAAGUUUUAUGAAUUAAUAAAAUGAUGAGGAUGAUGACGAUGAAGGAGUAUUUUCAUUUUAAAGCAUGCUUGAGGAAGAAGAAGAAAUAAGAGAUAUUACAUUAAUAGAUGCAAGCAAAUAAAGAAAUAAGAUUCAUAAAUUGCAAGAAAUCAAUUAAAUGGUUGAAAAACUAGAGAAGGCAUUGAACAAGAUUUCCAAAUUGGAUAUCCAAUUAUAUGAUUUGAAAGAAGCUCCAUUAGACUCUAAAUUAGAUAGUCCUCUCACUGUUACUCUAAGGAUGUAGAAAAAGCAUUUAGUUAAUUUCUUAAAAUUCCAUUUUCCCAUCGCCUCAAAUUCUGAACCUGUAUACAUUAACUUUAGAAAUGCCUAGAUUAUAGAGGAUAACUUAUAAUAUUAGGAAUACUCUGUAAAAAUGGGUAAAAUACCUUUCACUUUGAACGAAUUAACCUUUUCGUAUGUGACAGGAGAACAUUUAAAAGACAAACUUCCAGAUUAACCAAUUCAUUCUCCUAUAAACUUGUUCUUGUCUCCUUACUUUAAAUUUUCAGAUUUGUAAUCUCAAUUAGCCAAGGUAAAAGCAUAUAUGAUGUUCCAUUGUGAAGAGUCGAAAUUGGCAAGGAAAGUGGAGUUCGUCCUCAAUAUUCUUGAUAAAUUUCUAUUAAGAAUCGAAGUAGAUUUAGUAAAUUGUUAAUAUUGUCAUGCUGUAACUGAUUGUUUAGGGAAAAAAAUACAUUUUAAGUUAUUGUGUCCACCAAAUUACAGUAUUUCAUUGAGUACAAAACGAAAAUUCGAAUUGUUCAAUAUGAAAAGUGAUUGGAUCAGAGUGCAUAAUAUAUUUUCGAAUGCUUAUUAUAAUAAAUAUAAGAAUGAGAUUGAAAGGUUGAUAAUGAUCAACAAUACUUUCAUUACUGCUUAAUUCACAUUUCAAUAGGGGUCCAAGGAGGAGAUGACCUAUAAAACUAUAAUUGAGAAAUUGUCAUAAUACAACUUGAUGUAUACAGAUUAAAUAGAUUUGAAUCUGUUUGAGUUGGAAUAGAGAAUACCAUAAUAUGAUUAAUUGCAAAUCUUGAUAGAGUAGAGUUAAUUGAAUUUCGAAUAGAAAUAUAAUAUCCUAUGUGUUGUUUCACAGAAUAGGAUCACAGAUUUUGAACUGCUGAAAUAGCUAAUUCUCCACAUAGUAUAAUUUUCAAAGGAUAAUGCAAACGAAUGUGAAAAAGUGUUAGAAUCUACGUUUCAAUUGUUUUCUAGAUACAGUACAGAUUUGAAUUUUUCAGUGAGACAAUCAGAAUUAAAUAAAAAGAACUAUUUAACUUUUAAAAGAGAUCUAAAAAGAUGUCUUGAAGACGUGAUUAUUCCAAUUGAUUAGAAUGAGUAGAAACGAGUGGCUAUGAUAAAGAGAGUAUCAUUAACACCCUCUGGAUAUAUAUUCAAUCUUAAACUGCCUGAAGAGACUAGUGAAAUCAUUAGGCAGUAUUAUAAUCAAUUGAAUAACUUCAUAAGAUUGCAUUUCGAGGAUGAAAAUUUGGAGACAAUUCAUGGUCACCACUACAUUACCGAAUAUUACUUUAAAUAAAAAUUGAAGAAUGGAUUAAAUUUGCUUGGGGAAUAGUUUAGAUUAUUAACUUGGAGUGCUUCCCAAUUGAGAGGAGGGUCCUGCUGGAUCUUUAAUUACAAUAGAGCCUAGAUAUCAAGACAAAAUUUCAUAGAUUCAAUAGGAAACUUUAAUACAUUGAGUAUCGAUUAAGUGGCUAAGAAUGCAGCUAGAUUGGGUUAGAAUUUCAGUUCAAGUAAGUCAAUUGACUUAAAAGAAAUAAUUGUGAAGACUUAAGUUCCUGAUAAGGUAGGUGAUAAUGGAAAACUCUUCACUGAUGGUAUAGGGAAGAUAUCUAGAAAUUUGAUAAACAUGAUCAGGGUAGAAAUGAAUAAUCAAACAAUAUCUGCUAUUCAAGUGAGAUACCAUGGAGCAAAGGGUGUAUUACUAUUGAAUGAUGAUUUGCCUGACAACACAAUUGAACUUAGAAAGAGCAUGAUUAAGUUUAAUCCAACUCUAUUAAACGACGGGAAUUACAAAACCAUGAUCUCCUUAUUGGAUUACAAUAAAUUUAGAGGGGGAUAUUUAAAUAGAUAGAUAAUCAUAUUAUUGGUAACCCUGGGUAUUCAGGAGGAAGUAUUUAUGCAACUUCAGCGAGGUAUGAAAUACAUCAAUAUGGCUAGAAUAUUUGGAUAGAAUUGCUAAUCUGUCUGCAAUAGAUUCAUCGAUCUACAAUCACUUUUUGGUUGAUUAUAAUGGAGAGUUGCAAGGACUUCCAUCCAUUAUUGAUAAUAUAAGGUUGAUGAUCAAUGCCAACUUAAAUGAGAAAAACAAUUUUUAUAUUAAAAGAGUAUUGGAUAGAUUGAAAAGGAGAGGUCUUAUGCAAUUGAGAACCAAGUCUAAUAUUCUUAUGGAUCAAGCUGCUAGAGUAUUGGGUGUAGUGGAUGAUUAUGAUAUCUUGGAUCCAGGAGGUAUGUUUAAUUAUAUUGUUAAGAGGUUGUAUGCAUUGUGAAAUAAUCCAUAGAUGUAGAUCACAAAUAUGUAACUGGAGAAAUCAUUGUGGUUAGAAACCCAUGUUUACACCCAGGAGAUAUUCGAAAGGUCAGAGCCUUAUCAGAAAACGAAAUCUUGAGCAGAUAUAACAUGAGGAAUCCAUUUGCUGAAUACUUUAAUUGCAUCGUGUUCCCAUGCAAAGGAAAUUCCAUACCUGCUGACUGUGGUGGAGGUGAUUUGGAUGGGGAUAUCUAUUUUGUUUCAUGGGAUCCCAAAGUCAUACCAAAAAUCAUCGAAAAUCCUAUGAAUUAUGAUGAAGAGAAGAAACCUGCUGCUGCCUCAAAAUAAAUUCAGGCCCAAGGCUAUAUAUGUGCUGAGGAUUUCUUUUAGGAGUAGAAAAUGAUUGAAUUCCUACUUGAAUAUCUAAAUUUUGAUGUCCUUGGCAAAAUUGACAACAGCCAUUUAGCCAUUGCAGAUGGAUCUCAAGACUAUGCUAGGGAUCCAAAAUGCAUCAGAUUAGCAGAACUCCAUUCCGCUGCUGUUGAUUAUGUCAAACAUGGAAAUAAAGUGGAAAUUCCUAAUGACCUUGUCACUAAAAGAUGGCCUGAUUUUAUGGAAAAGGACUCUAUGGUUUAUGAAUCUACAAGUAUACUAGGUAAGCUCUACAGAGAUGUUCUGCAGCGCAUUAAUUAAGAGCCUCCAUCAGUCCUAGAUGGCUAUUAACAAGCAGGCUUACCUGAAAUAGACACAAGAUUUAUUUACAAGUUUUAUUAAGAAGAUGAAUUGGCUUAAGUCGGAAACUAAGCCUAGUAGUAUUAAGAGUACUACUAAAAUGAAUAUUAGCAAUAUCUAACUGAAAAUAUUUGCAGGAAUGCUCUCAAAUGUUUAAAUCACAUCUUUGACAACUUUGAUUCUUUGAGGAAGAUAUUUGAUCUUACAAACGAAUAUGAAAUAUACACAGGGUAUUUUACUAACUUCACUUAAGGAGAAGGAACCAGAUUAAAAGUAAUUGUUGCUCUCUAUUAUUCAUUAGAAAAAAAUUAAUGUGGAACAUGUACAGAAGAGAGUUAUUCUUAGUCUUAUUCAAUUGAAAUAAGAAAUUUUUAAGACUCUAUCCACAAAAGAAGAAGACAGAUUGGCAGAAGUUUCAAUUAUCCAUUUUCUUAUGAUGUACUCUCCGAUGUCUCAUAAAGAUUAAUUAGCAAAAUAGACCUCCCUUAAAUACUAUCAUCAAGAAUUGGAGAAAGCAAUCAAUAAAAAUGAAGAAAUCUACAAAUUAUUCAGUCGAUUGAAAAACAAGUUUCCAUUAUGGUACAGAGGAUGCAGCUGGUUUUUCUUUACGAUAGAUAUCUUAAAUUUCGCUCAAAAAAAUAAUGAUGAUUCAGACGAACUUAUAUGA